AUGCCAUCGAGGCCUGCGCGUGUGCACACGUCGGUGGCAGUGCAGAUGUGCUCGUGUUCGGGUGACUCACACCAAGCAAAGACGACUUGGCACCUGGCGCGUCUCGUGUGCGGCCACUGGCCCGAGUCCUUUGCGACGCUGGCGCUCCCUUGUAAAAGUAGCCCUCCGCCGCUGUCGAUUUGCCGCAUCAUGUUCGCUGCUGCGCGCCUGGUCGCGCCUCGGCGUUGCAGAAACAGCUUUCUGCUGCGCUCCUUCGUUUUCCUUGCCCACCCUUGCGCUGUGGCGGUGGCCCUGGCAUCGGCCAGCACUUUCGGUGCCCUCGCUGCCUGCGAGCGGGAGCAGGAGGGCUGCGAGCAGGCUGCGCUGCUGCAGGUCACGAAGUCCUCCGAAAAGUCGCUGAAGUCGCUGUGGCCCUUCUCGGGCCUCGUGCAGAAGGCGGGACGGCUCCAUUCGGAGCUGGACCAGGAGAGGCUGGACGAGGUGCACAAGGUCCAUGCGGACAUGGAGGCCCUGGCCAAGCAGAAGCUGGUGGAGUUGGAGUCGAAGAGGAUGAAGAGGAACCUCAGCGACUACAACCUGACGCAGGAGGACUUCGGCCUGAGCAACGUGACCCUCACUCUCCUGGACACCGUGCUGACAGAGAUGGGCAGCCUCCUUUCGCAGAUCAACGCCUCGCACCUCACGGACGAGCAGCUGCUCCUGGACCUCGCUGAGGGCUUUGUGCAGUGCAACACCGACCUGACGGCUCGGCAGGUGCAAAGCGACAACCUGAGCAGCCUGGUGAACGACGCCAGCGACUCCCACGACCUCUGCCGCAGCACCGAGCAGAACUUGUCGGCGCAGAACGCCACCGCUUGGGCCGCCUACCUGGCCAAAGGCAGCGAAGCGCAGCCGCAGGAGGUCUUGGACUGCCUGCAGAACUUCGUGAACGGAUACAGCCCUCAGACGUCCGAUCACCUUCAGGCGAUCAUUGACUGCGCGUCCACCCUCCAGUCCUGGUCCACAACUUUCGGUGUGAACAUGACAGGCCUUCGGGACGCCUACUUUGGGAGCCUGCACGCCCUGAACAAUCACAGCGAAGACUGCCGGGUGAACCAGUCCACGCUGGAAAGCCACUUCUGCGAGUACCGGCAGCAGCUCGCGGACAGCUGCCUCGCGAUGGAUGAGUGCUACCAGAAUGUAAACCAGACCUUUCAUGAUCUCCUGGUCACCAUCGCCGCCUCUGACUCGCGCCGUGAGGCCUCCUUCAUCGCGGCCACGAAGGUGAUCUGCUACGUGAACGUCCUGAAGGCCAACCUCACGCAGCCCGCUGUGCAGGGCUGCCAGGACCUCGUGGUCGACACCACCGGCCUCGCCGUAGCUAUCCCCGUGCCCGCUACAAAGCAGGCCUGCGACACGUCGCCCGUUGCGGACUACCCCUGCAACACGAGCUGGCAGCAGGAGGAGUACUACAGCAAGAGCUGGUACACGGGCGCCCCGCAGAUCCAACCCGACACCUGCCCGGGGCCCCAGGCGAACUUCGUUCCCCUCCCUUCACUCCGACGCAGCAGGCAUAUCCUGCGCCGUGUGGGCGGCACCGCCGACGACGACGACCACCACCACCCUGAAUGCCCCGGGUCCUGGUGCAAUUUCGGGCCCAGGCAUAUGUACCAGGCUUGGGCCUCGCUGCUGGACGGCAGUGGCCCAACCCCUCAGGGCCGAACGAACUCGGCCAUGUGCGCAGGCAGUGGUGGCAAGGCCUAUUUGUUUGGCGGCUACAACCACAACAACAACCCCGAGGAUCUGGAUCGGAUGAACGACACUUGGGUUCUGGAUUUGUCCGGCCCCAGCUGGGCGGAGGUGAGCGUGACGGAAGGGACGGCGCCAGUGCGCCGGGCCGGGCACACCGUCAAAUGGUCUGCACGGGGGACAGCCUGCUGGUCUUCGGAGGGCAAUCCAAGAUUGGGGGCACUUCGCAGGGCCACAAUGACCUGUGGAAGCUCACGCUGGCAACCAGCACCUGGGAGCAGUUGA